AUGCAUGACAACGAUCGUAAAAAGCUGGCUGGAAUAAAAUGUAAAAGACAAAGUAUGUUAUACAGCGGGGAAAAAGGUUUACGACUUCAGAAAGACUGGUAUCCAGGUUUGGGAAAAUCAAAGAUUGGGGAUAAACCCGUUGAAAACUUGUUAAUAACUGCAUAUUAUUGCUCAUCUGAAAUCUUUACUGGCCUAAUAGGCACUUGUACAACACCACACACCAAAAAUCAUGGCGGAUGCCAAUGGUCUCCUAAAAAUACAAGUACCAUGCUUAGCCGCAUAUCGAACCUGUAUUCCAUUGUGUGCAUUGUCUUUACCCAAAUACUUUUUAGUAGCGCAUCUCGUGUUAGCUGUAAAACCAACAAUACGGCCCCAACAUCGUGA